UCUAUCGUAUAUUUUCUUACUUCUUUUAUCUCUCACCACCUCCUCCUCUCCACCUGCACCGGGGUUUGUUCCAUCUUUUGAAACAAGAAAUCCCGGAUUCACAUUUUUUUCAUUUUAGUUUUUCUUCAUUUUUAUAUGACGAUUCAUAUUUAGAUUUCGAUUUCUGAAUUUACGGAAAAGAAAUAAUGGCUGGUAAGGAAGAAGAAGGGACGACAUUGGAGUUCACUCCAACAUGGGUGGUUGCCGCAGUCUGUACUGUCAUCGUCGGCAUCUCUCUCGCCGUCGAACGCUCCCUCCACUUUACCGGCAAGUAUUUAAAGAAGAAGAACCAAAAGCCCCUCUACGAGGCUUUACAAAAAGUUAAAGAAGAGUUGAUGCUGUUGGGAUUUAUAUCACUUUUGCUGACUGCAUUUCAAGCCCGUAUAGUAAAGCUUUGUGUGCCUGAUGAUACAAUGACACAUUUACUUCCUUGCUCAUUGCCAUCCGUUGCUUCAUCAUCUGGUGGAGAAGAAUCCCUUAAAAUUAUUCCCGAUUCGAUGUUCCAUAAGAGGCGCUUGCUUGCUGAAGAUAGUGAAGAUUAUUGUAAGGCUAAGGGUAAAGUCCCACUAUUGUCUCUAGAAUCAUUGCAUCAUCUCCAUACCUUUAUCUUUGUUCUAGCAGUUGUGCACGUGACACUUUCUGUUCUCACGGUUGUAUUUGGAGGGGCAAAGAUUCACCAAUGGAAGCAUUGGGAGGAUUCUAUUUCAAAAGAUAGUUAUAACACAGAACCAGCUCUGAAACCAUGCUUCACCCAUGUCCAUCAACACGAUUUCAUCAAGAAGCGAUUUUCGGGUGUGGAGAAGCAUUCAGCCCUGUUGAGUUGGUUGCAAUCUUUUUUUAAGCAAUUUUAUGGGUCUGUUACCAAAUCAGAUUAUUCAGCACUCCGACUAGGCUUUAUUAUGACACAUUGUAGAGGGAAUCCAAAGUUUAACUUCCAUAGUUAUAUGAUAAGAGCUCUAGAAGCCGACUUCAAGACUGUAGUAGGUAUACGUUGGUACUUGUGGAUAUUUUUCAUACUCUUCUUGUUGUUGAAUAUAAACGGUUGGCAUACAUAUUUUUGGAUGGCAUUCAUUCCUUUUGUUCUUCUACUUGCCGUGGGAACGAAGCUGGAGCAUGUGAUUUCCCAAUUGGCUCAUGAGGUUGCCGAGAAACAUGUAGCCAUUGAGGGUGAAUUGGUCGUUCAACCUUCUGACGAUCACUUUUGGUUCCAUCGACCUCAUGUCAUACUUCUUUUGAUUCAUUUUAUUCUCUUUCAAAAUGCUUUUGAGAUCGCGUUUUUCUUCUGGAUAUGGGUUCAAUAUGGUUUUGACUCCUGCAUAAUGGGACAAGUCCAGUAUAUUGUUCCUAGGAUUCUAAUAGGUAUUUUCAUUCAGGUGCUCUGCAGCUACAGCACGUUACCACUCUAUGCUCUCGUUACACAGAUGGGAUCGCAUUUCAAGAAGUCGAUAUUUGACGACCAUGUGCGAACUGGCCUUCUGGGUUGGGCCGAGAAGGUGAGGAACAAGAAACGGUUGAGGACUGCAUCUGGUGGUUCUUCACAAAGGUGUUCAACUGAUGGUUCUGCUGCUGGAAUGCGUAUAAGUGGAAUUUCGUCUCAGGAACUGGCUGAGGUUCAACUCGCACAUGAUUUAGAGAUUCGAAAGACCAAAGACUUUAGAAUUUCGAAAGAGUAAUGCUAUUUAGUAUAGGUGACGUUAAAUGUGACCUUAAAUAAUAAGUGAAAUUUAAUUUCAUUUUUCAUUUAGUCUAUCAUCGAGCGCUACUUAAACUUCGGUUGUAACCCUUCUCAGGUUGCAUAGCAUUAUUCUUUCAGAAUCAGAAACUCUCAUGUAGAUUUUUGGGUUGUAGAAUAAUAUUCAGAUGUAAUUAAAUGA